AUGCGUGAGAUCGUUCACUUGCAGACGGGCCAAUGUGGUAACCAAAUCGGUGCUGCCUUCUGGCAAAUCAUCUCCGGAGAACAUGGCCUUGACGGCUCUGGAAUCUAUCAUGGCACCUCUGAUCUCCAACUCGAGCGUAUGAACGUCUACUUCAAUGAAGCUUCUGGAAACAAGUAUGUGCCUCGUGCAGUUCUCGUCGAUCUCGAACCCGGCACCAUGGACGCCGUUCGAGCUGGUCCAUUUGGUCAACUCUUCCGACCUGACAACUUCGUCUUCGGCCAGAGUGGUGCUGGAAACAACUGGGCCAAAGGUCAUUAUACAGAGGGUGCGGAACUGGUGGACCAAGUCCUCGACGUGGUUCGACGUGAGGCGGAGAGCUGCGAUUGUCUCCAAGGUUUCCAGAUCACUCACUCCCUGGGUGGUGGUACCGGUGCUGGUAUGGGUACGCUAUUGAUCUCCAAGAUCCGCGAAGAGUUCCCCGAUCGAAUGAUGGCCACCUUCUCGGUCGUGCCAUCUCCCAAGGUCUCCGACACCGUCGUUGAACCAUACAAUGCGACCCUCUCGGUUCACCAACUGGUUGAGAACUCCGACGAGACAUUUUGCAUUGACAACGAGGCGCUCUACGAUAUCUGCAUGCGUACUUUGAAGCUGGCGAAUCCUUCGUAUGGCGACCUGAAUCACCUUGUCUCAGCAGUCAUGUCCGGCGUUACCACUUGCCUGCGUUUCCCUGGACAAUUGAACUCUGACCUCCGUAAACUUGCCGUGAACAUGGUUCCAUUCCCACGUCUUCACUUCUUCAUGGUCGGGUUCGCCCCUCUCACCAGCCGUGGGGCAAAUUCUUUCCGUGCUGUCACAGUUCCAGAACUUACACAACAAAUGUUCGACCCGAAGAACAUGAUGGCCGCUUCGGACUUCCGCAAUGGUCGCUACUUGACCUGCUCGGCCAUUUUCCGUGGCAAGGUUAGCAUGAAGGAAGUCGAAGAUCAGAUGCGCAAUGUCCAGAACAAGAACAGCAGCUACUUCGUUGAAUGGAUCCCGAACAACGUGCAGACCGCGCUCUGCUCCAUUCCGCCACGCGGUUUGAAGAUGUCUUCGACUUUCGUUGGCAACUCCACUUCUAUCCAGGAGCUGUUCAAGCGUGUCGGGGAUCAAUUCACUGCCAUGUUCCGUCGCAAGGCUUUCUUGCAUUGGUACACUGGUGAGGGUAUGGAUGAAAUGGAAUUCACAGAGGCCGAGUCCAACAUGAACGACCUGGUCUCGGAGUACCAACAAUACCAGGAAGCCAGCAUCUCGGAGGGCGAGGAGGACUAUGGCGAGGAGGAGGCGCCCUUGGAGGAGGAAGUGUAA